GACGAAAUACAAAAUGACCCAAGAAAUGAUAAUUUAUCCGAAAAUGUAAGUGAAGCAGAGGAAAUUGAGAAUUCUGAACAUCAAGAUGUAGUUGACUUCCCGGAAGAUAAUGCUGAUUCAGAUGUCAAUGAAGAAAUUGUAAAUUCAAGAUAUAAUUUAAGAAGAGACCGAAAAAGAAACACCAUGUAUGAUGAUUUUGAAAUGGAUAUAGACAAAGUGCUACUGAUGAGAAGUGAUUUUGAUGAUAGUGAUCCUGUGUGCUAUGAUGAUGCAAUGACAAGUAGUGAAGCUAAAAACUGGAGAAAGGCUAUGGAAAAUGAAAUAAAAGCUUUAGAAGAUAAUGAAACAUGGUUUCCAGUUAAUAAAGAGGACAUAAAUAGACCAGUGAUAGACUGUAAAUGGGUUUUCAAAAGAAAAAUGGAUGAAAAUGGACAAAUUUCAACAUUCAAGGUUAGAUUAGUAGCAAGAGGUUUUAUGCAGGAGCUUGUAUUCAGACGCCUAUGGAUUCCCACGUGACUUCAAAGAGAUAAACUGAGCCGCCUUUUUUAUGAAAUUUCAAUUAAUAAUGGUUAAACUUUAAAUACCAAAAGCUAAUCAGCUGAUAUGUGACGUCACAACUUCCUUUACUUUGGUUAAAACCGCGACGGCGGAAAUGCAAUGGUUAUAACCAAAUAAUAAUCAUUCCAGGCUGAAAAUCACCAUUGAUUGGUUUUUUGUCUAUUCCUUCUAAAAAAAAAUCAGGAAUAUCGUAUCGAUAGCUAUGAAUAUCGAUAAGCGGAUAAGCCCUUCGCUAAUAAGAUUUACUCCUCAACGGAAAUGACAAAUAUACAGCUGUCAUAAAUAAAAGAUGUCACGAAAACUAAAAACAACAAAAUAAUAAAAAUAUAAAUAAAAAUCAUAUAAUAAAAUACUGGCAUUUGUAUGUAUAAUAGUUGGUAUUUAGGAUUUUAAGCUAGUUUUAAGAUAAAAAACGCAUAAAACAAAAUGGCAAGCAAUAGUGCUACUACAGACCCUCUGGUUCAAAACACAAAAUUUGAAGAAUUGUGUCGAUUGUGCGGCUCGAAGACUGAUAUGUUCGCCGUGCAUAUUUUUGAUGAGGAAGGUACUUUCAGCGAUCUGGGCAAAAAGAUUUAUAGCUGCUUACAAUUACAGAUCCAUCAACAAGACGAAUUACCAAAACUACUAUGCAACAAUUGCAUAGUAAAACUAGAAAUCUUCUGGGAUUUCAAAGACCGUUCAUUUCGCACCGAGCAACUUCUCAUCGAACUGUACAAACAAUUAAAAACUGGCGGUCCUCAUUGCGUAGUAUCCCUGGACGAAAACGGCAUGAUUCUACCAGUUUCCAAUCACCAUCAAAUAAUUCCUGACAAUUUACCAACAGAUAUCGAUAUAUCGCAAUUGGGACGUGCCAAGGAUCCUGAAGAUUAUUCAAUCAUAUUGAACCAUGCUGAUUUGAAUGCCCCACAUUUGGAAAAUUUAGAACUGAGCAAUCAUGAUUUGAACGGUCAAAAUCAUGGACAAGAAAAAUUUGUUGUUCUGCAAACAGCCAAUGAAAGAUUCACUGGGGAUAAUUUGAAUUUGAUGCAUCAGCAGUUAAUGUUGGCCAUGCCAAUGUAUCAUCCAGAUGCUUUGAAGCAUAAUUUUGCUAAAACCGAGCAAGAUGAAACAUUAGAUUCAAUGAGUUAUGGUCAUCAAAAAAAUCCUUUGGUUUUAGAAUCAAAUUUGAGUGAUAACAGUUUAGGAGUAGAAGUAGACUCAAAUUUUGACAGAAUCAUCUCUUACUCCAGUGAUAGUCAAAUGGAAAAAAUUCAACAGGAAGAUGAGAGUGAUAGCAAUCCAAAUAUACAAAACAGUGAUAAUGUGAGCGAUGUUAUUCGUAAAGCUGAGUUUUUGCUUGAUGGAGAUACUAUGCAACCAAGAGAAGAAUUUUCCAAUUUAACUUCAACAAGUUUAGAAACUCAAAACCAAACUCAGUUUUUCAAAUAUCAAAAUGAUGAUAUAAUUUACAACAGUGAAAACAGUGAAACUAUUAAACAAGAUAAUAUUAUUUUAAAUUACAAAGAAGAAAUUUCAUUGGAGAGUUUCGAAGAGGGUUUGAAAAAUGAGGAUAGCAACAGUUUGGAUGAGAAUAAUUGUGAUGAUACGUCUUUAAAAGAAUCAAUAGAAGAUCAUGAUUCUGGUAGUUUAUCUGAAAUUGGAAUUUUAUCAAACGAAAUACCUGGGAACAAGCCUCAAGAAGAAUCACAAAAAUCAUCCCCAAAAGCUGGAGGUAAAGUUUGUACAGUUUGCGGCAAAGUAUACAAGUCCAACUACAAACUGACUGAACACAUGACUAAACAUACAGGCGAAAGACCUCAUAAGUGCAAGACUUGCAAUAAAGGUUUCCGGUCUAAAAUUGGACUGUCCCAACAUGAAGCCACACAUACAGGUAAUUUUGAAUUGAGAUGUCCAACUUGCGGUAAAGGAUUCCAAUGUAAAAGCUACCUGAUGGUUCACCAAAGAGUCCAUUCUGAUGUGAAACCAUUCCCUUGCAAAACUUGCGGUUUAAGUUUUAAAACUAAACAAUCCUUACUGGAUCAUACCAAUAGGCAUUUGGGUGUCAAGCCAUUUUCUUGCAGUAUAUGCAAUAGAGGAUUUAUUACUAAAAGCCUGCGCGAAGCCCACGAAAAAACCCAUGCCGGAAUAGACAAUAGAAAAUACUCUUGUAAAGUGUGUCAAAAGAAAUUUGUUUCCAAGAGUUACCUUCAAACUCAUUUCAGGAUACAUACUGGCGAAAAAUCGUUUAUUUGUGAAGUGUGCGGUAAAGGCUUUUUAACUAGCGUCGAUUUAAAAAUUCAUCUCACAAUGCACACGGGCGAGAAAACUUAUGUAUGUGAAAUGUGCGGUAAAGCUUUUGCCAGGAGGGACGCUUUGAAGUGUCAUAGGAGGAUGCACACUGGAGAAAGACCUUACUCUUGUGAUGUAUGUGGAAGGACUUUUACUCAAUUUACUCCUAUGGCAAAUCAUAAAAGACAACAUACAGGUGAAAAACCAUUCUCGUGUAAAAUUUGCAACAAAAAUUUUGUAACCAAAUCAAGUCUGGCUUCCCAUCAAAAAAAGCACCCGAAAGAAGACACAAAUUCAAUUAUCCAAAAGAAAGGAGAUGGAAUUGUGAAAGUAGAAGCUUUGGAAGAGUUAUUUUUAUAACAUUGUUAAACAAUGCUGUAAAAAUGCCUGUGAUAGGAUAGGAAAUGUGACCAUUUUGGAAAAAUAUUCUGUAGCUUUUGUGGCUCAUUAAUUAUUGUGAUUUUUUUUAAUUGUAAUUUCUGUGAAAUAUGUUUAUUUCAGUUUUAUAGGGAAAAAAAUGCGUUAUUGUUUGUUAAUUUUUAAAGACUGCUAUUUUUUAUUUUUAUCCAGUGGAUUUUAACCUAGAUUUAAACUUUAUACAAAAUAUACAAUAUGGUAUUUGAAAAAUGUAAUUGAUUCAUAUAUCCUUUAUUUGUGUUCCUUCAAAUUCACUUUAAAAUCACAAAAAUCCUUAUUACACGUCUGCACCUUCAAUUUUCUCGUCGCUGACAAUAUUCAUCAACCACCUAGCGUUUUCAUCACCAAUCCACAAAAUAGCCAUUAACAAGCCUUCCAUAAUACCUAAAACAACACCCCCAAUGACAUCCAAAAGAUAAUGCCUUUCCAUUAAGACUCUACUAAGACAAAGUGCCACUGUCCAUGCUAGUAAAGGUGGAAACAUUAUUAGUGGAACCUGCCAUAGAAAUCCAAAAAUUAUGGUUACCAUUGCUGCACGACUACAAUGAC